CGUGCGUUCUUUCUAAAAAAGUACAAUUUUUCUAAAUAUUCAAGUUAUAUCUAUCUUUAAUCUAUCAAAUCUUAGUAACUAAGUAUAUUACUUUGAAAAAAUAUGAAAAGUGACAAAAUUGUGCGUAGAAAAAAUGAAAUUUUCCUCUUAUAGUGCGGUGUGUAAGGUGAUCCGAAUGAUUGAUUUGUAAAUCUUUGGCCAAAAUGGAACGAAAAGGAAUACUUCGACGAUUUUACGUAAAUAAUUGAUGUACCACGACUAUAAUAAGGGUCCCUCGUCGGAUUACUUGGAAUUUGAACUUUCGUUUCUUUUUCAUCUUUCUCUCUAUCUCUUUCUCUCUUUCCUUUUCUUCGUUUUUUCUUUUUGGCGAAGGGCUUAUAGCGAUCUUGGAGGGAUCGAUUUUGAGAACUACCUGGAAAGAAGAGAACGAUGGCAAUGGACAUUGCUAUGAGGUGGGUCUUUAGACGCACGAGCGCAACGAUCGCGGUCUUCCGCGUGCUCUUCUAAGAAGGGUCAAUGACCGAGGUUGGCCAGCUAGGAAUUUGGUGCAGGUACUUUAUCAGGUAGUGAAGAAGUUAUAUUUGAUCGGGAAAUAUUACCAAUCAAAAGGAUUUACGUCAAACGUCGUAAUAACAGCUUUCGUCGCACGUAUUCUAAGAAACGGCAAAACCAAAGAUCGAGUACAAUGGUAACAGCUUUUUUUCAUUCGUAGCGUUAUAUAUAAUAAAUCCAGGUAAGUCUGUUUCUUUUGAAAAGCUUCAAGGUUAAUAUAGAGGGAUAAUAGUAGUAAGUAAUAUUUAUUAAUGUAAACAAAACAGUUUUGUUCGAACUUCCAAGAAAUUUUGUCGUCAUUAUACAAAAACCUAAACAAAGCGAUCGAAGGUUCACCUUUGCUCAAAGUCACGAACGAUUCCUGUUCAUUCCUGUACGAUACUUCCUACGGAUAACAUUAUCGUUUAGCUCCUCGUCGUUUUACUACGUUUUCAUAUAUUUAAUUUGAUCGUAAUUAAUUAAAUAUUUUAUCAUAAUUUAAUUAUAACAAAGCGUAUAUAUAUAUAUAUAUAUAUAUAUAAGUACAUUUUGCAGUGGAAGUUAUAAAGUUUACUGUGUGCUGCUAAUUAAUAUUUUGUACAUUUAUUUUUAAUUUUUCAUAGUAAUUCUACAUAUAUGUGUGUAUAUACGUAUUAGGUUUCUCUACAUAGCAAUUUCCCCAUAGUGAGAUUCUGGUGAUCGAUAUGAAGACGACUACGUUUGGAAAAUAUUGAAUUUUUCAUAAUAUCACUUCUUCUCCGUUGAAUCGAAUUCGUUGACUUUUUGUUUGUUAAAAUUAAUUGUGUCGUUUUCUUUUUCUUUUUUUUUUCUUUUUAGAUAUAUUUAACAAGAAAUUUUCUCUGCGUAAUUUAUUUUAUUUUAAGUUUCGUGAAUUUUAUUCUUAGUUAAUCAGUUCCAACCAGUUAUUUAUAGCUAUCUAUAAGGCGACCUUUAGAAGCAGUGUUUGUUCUUACUUUAUUUUUAGCCGUAAUUAACGUUAUUACAGAUACGGCAAAUGAAAAUCAAUCGAUUUAUUUAUAUUUUCUUUUAUGGCCGAGUUAAUAAAAUCGCAUAUCAUGUAUCGUAUAUCAUGAUAUUAGAAUUAUCGUAUUAUUAUUAAGCAUCAUUUUACAUCUGAAGCCCUGAAGCCGAUGGACUCCUGCAAGAAUCUACGAAGAUUUAUAUACCAAGUAGAGAGAUCAUCCUUCUUCGUUUCCUACGAAAUUAUUUCCGUUUGACGGGGUUAAACGAAGUAGACAUGAAUUACCGGUGCAGUCUUGGGUCUCUCCACGAUCAACAGGUUAACUAGUUGGUUGGUCGUUGCACAGCAUAUUCGAGAUCGAGUUUGUUAUUAUCGAGGACGACGAGGACGACGACGAGGACGAUCGGAAGAGGAAUCGUUGAAAGGAAAACAAGGAGAUACGAUAGAAAAAACUUUUCAUGUUAAGGAUCAAGAAAGGAGAGUAAAUCUAAGGAGGAAAUUAUUUACGAAAGAUAGAAGAAGGAAUAAUAAAGAAACGAUAAAUAUAUACAGACAAGUCGCAGAAAAAAUGGCAACGAAUAGUCCAGAAUCAUCGAUCCAUUCGAAAUCCCCAAGGAGUCCACGUCAGCUGCCUCAGUUGCCGCGUAUCCCGAUCUCAGGACAAAGAAGUCCUAGUCAGUUGUCGGUUACGAAGACACCGAGUACUCCUCUAGUUUUUGAAUUCCCAGCUGAAUAUUAUCCGGAAACACCGAACACGAAUUUCGACUUUGACACGUUCGCACGUAACAUGGAUACCGAACAACAACGUGGCUCCUCGCGAAGUCCAUCUUAUUAUUCAAUAAAUAAAAAUCAGAAAAGUCCUAACAGCAGCGAUACUACGCUUCAUUCGUCCGGAAGGAAAUCACCGAUAUUUAAAUUCUGUGAUAAAAAUUUGAUAUCAUCGUCGAGUAAUAAUACGAUUAUAUCCGCCAAUAGAACGGCAACUACUUCGAAUUUUGUACCGAAAAGUCCGAAUAUGGUCGACCGUCGAAGAAAUUCGUCUUUUGGUUUGGGCGGACCAAAAAGUCCAAUAUCACCGACAAUAGUGACUCCAACAUCGUCGUCGUCUCAUGACAGUCCCAAACACACGGAUUCUGAAUUGAGAUGUAAGGAUGGAAGCUUUGGUACUCAAGACGAGAACGUUGAUCGAAAUUGUUCGAUGAACGAGAAAACUCGCGCGAGUAAGAUGGGUGGCUACUUGAAUCGUAGCCAAGGAUGUUUGAACGAGGCUACUCGGUGUUGCGAAGGAACUUCUGUUGAUACCACCGGAAAUGACAGAAAAGAGAAAAACAUGGCGAGAAGAUCGACCAGUGAUCUUACGGAGAUCGGUGAUGCUGAGACCGAAGUCACUUUAUUGUCUAGUCCGAGAAGACGAGGAUCCAUGAAGGGUGGACUAGCUUACCUGGCGUCGCGCCGUGGCUCUCGCGAUAGUCAAUGUUCGAACGUAUCGAAUAUUAGCAACGAGGAUGUUGGUCCAUUGAAUUUCAAUGCUCAUCCACGUGUCCGACAACGAAGGACUUCUAAUUUCCUCGAAUUACCAGUGCCGGAUCAUAUACGACCUCGAGUGCACAGCUUACCCGAAAAAGCGUACAAUCCGAGAGCUGGCGACGAUCUCUACAGAUUGAGGGCAUUCAGCAUCACUCAUAAAGGUGUCGUCAAUCGUGGAGAUUCUAUAAUAUCUCGACGCAGCAGGAGCAAUACAUCAGUAAAUAGCAGCAGGAACAGCAAUAUAUCCGGUGAAAGGUCACCGUUCGAAGGAUCCUGUUGCAGCGGUCAAGGUGGUGCUGAAAGUACCGAAAGUGAGAUCGAGGAAAUACCAAAAUAUCGAGUAGUUUUACUCGGUGAUUCUGGAGUUGGCAAGACAGCGUUGGUUUCACAAUUUAUGACCAGCGAGUAUAUGAACACCUAUGACGCUAGUUUAGAUGAUGAAUUUGGAGAGAAAACAGUUUCAAUUCUCCUCGACGAGGAAGAAUCGGAAAUGAUUUUCAUUGAUCAUCCCCAUAUAGAAAUGAGCGUCGAGAACUCUCUAUCUACGUACGAGCCGCAUGCCUGUAUCGUAGUAUACUCAAUAGUAUCUCGAACAAGUUUUCAAAUGGCCGAAGAGAUACUUAAUUACUUGUGGAGAGAGCACUAUACACAGGAACGAUCGGUUAUCGUCGUUGGAAACAAGUCCGAUCUGGCUCGAAGCCGUACAAUUUUAUCGAAUGAGGGGAAACAACUGGCGACGUCCCGGGAAUGCAAAUUCAUCGAAACGUCGAGUGGGAUAAAGCACAACGUGGACGAGCUUUUGGUUGGUGUUCUCAAACAGAUUCGUUUACGUGAGAGCCGUGAAAAGAAAUUAAGACGUCAAUGUAGUAAGGGCAAGAUGUCAAAACUUCACGCUAGUAAAACAGCUCACAGUCUCAAUCUUGCAAGAGAAAUAUUAAAUAAAAUGUGUUUAAAAGAUAGUAAAAGUAAGAGCUGCGAGAAUCUUCACGUUCUUUAAGGGCAAAAGAAAAAGAGUAUCAACCAAAAAUAAUGAAAAAACUAGAAGACCAAUUUUCUCUGACUUUUUUUGUGCAAGAGAAAAUUCGUUUUAUUUCUUACUUGAAGUUUUGAAAUAACGAGGAUGAUUAUAGUGAUAUAAUUAUUCAAAAAAUUCACAGUCCUCGACUAGCUGAAUGUAUGUAUGUGAGUACGUACGUACGUAUAUGUAAGCAUGUAUUUACGUAUGUAUGUAUCUAUCUAUCUAUAUAUUUAUCUACCAAGUUUAAGUUGAUCUCGAUGUUGGAAUAUACGAGCUGCACUCAUCAUUCUGAAUUUUAAGCAUGAUCGUGUAUGUUACUCUGUGUGUGUAUGCGUACGUUGAAGCGGUACCUAAGCCCCAAAUUAGAAUUAAGAUGAAUGGUCUUAGAAAUUCUUCCUUCGAACGUAACACGAACGGUUAAGCCGGUUAAUCUGGCUCACCGUCUGUCUGCAAUGCAGCGAUUUGAUUAUUUAUUAGAUGCUAAUUAGCGACACGUGUCCCUUUUGUCACUACUCCUCUCUCUCUCUCUUUUUCUCUCUUUCUCUCUUUCUCUCUCUCUCUCUCUCUCUCUCUCUCUCUCUCUCUCUCUCUCUCUAUCUAUCUAUCUCUCUCCUUUCUCAUUAUGAAUUUCCAUUUCGAUUUCAACAUUUAUCUUCCUAUUUGCGUUUAAUCGAACACUGGUACGUGUAAAUAUUUUAAUGAGAAUUUGUUCGAUAAUAGAAAUCACAUUGAAAAGUAACAGUAUUAAGAUAUUCUUUCUAUGUUGUUAUAGAUAUUU